AUGCCUCGAAGCACUGGCUGUCGCUUAUGUGUAAAUCGCCGGGUCAAAUGCGAUGAACGGACCCCAGGCUGUGCUAGAUGUGAAACAUACGGACAGCCAUGUCCUGGCUAUGGCGAGAGGUUCAAAUUUAUCACGUCCAAGCCCUACAGAACUCGUCGGGCUCAGACCAAAACAGAAGAUAGAGGUGCUAGGACAUCAAGCUUGACAUCGCCAAGACCAAGCACAAGCCCGAACACCAGCGAUUCUAGUUCAGAGACUUGUUUGGAAGUUCAAAGGACAGUCGCAAUUCCAGCGCCUCUUAUAUCAGGAGACGUGAAUGUCAUCCAAAGUUUGGGCGUGUUCAUCUCCGAUUUCACAACCUCUUCCAAUACUUCAGGUAAUUCCAAUAUUGCACUGGGCAGCUGGUUUGGAUUUCUGCCAUCCAUCUAUGGGCAGAACCGAGCAUUAGAUGCCGCAAUCAAAUCCUUUUCUGCACAUCAUUUUGGUCAGAAUCUGCAGAACCAGCAAAUGAUGCUUUACGCACAAUCAGCCUACGGAGAAGCCUUGCAUUGGCUUCGUAAGGCUCUAAUGAACCCCUCGGAAUCUCUUUCCUCCAAUGUUUUUUGUGCUGUUGUGCUGCUAUGCAUGUAUGAGCUUUUUGCAAAUGCUGAGGAUCCCGCGUCUUGGAUGACACACGCAAAAGGGCUUGGUCAACUGGUCAAAGUACGAGGACCUGAGUGUUACCGCAACCAACUUGAUAUAUCGCUCCUCAAAUCAGCCAGAGGUUUGAUUGUCAUGCACUCAAUGUUUUCAGGAGAAGACUGUUUUCUAGCCGACGAAGAAUGGCAUAACAUGAUGCGACAGCAACACCAACUCACAACAGACUGGCCACAAGGUUACAAUGACUGCAUUGAGCAAUUUUUCGCAUAUUUCACCCAUUCCCCGAGAAUCGUGCACAAUCUCUACGACCUCAAAGACCGAGAUUUCUCAGAGCCAGAGACUUUACAGCAGCUCUCAGAUGCCCUGGAUCAAGUACUCGAUAUGCAAACCAACAUGGCUACCUGGUAUGAGAACUGGUCUCAGAUUUCAUCCCCGCCAGUUGAGAAACCCUCGACCACAGGCGAUGCUUUGUUUCCGAUGGUUCUGGUGUAUGCGGACUUGCUUGAUGCCUCUAUUUACUGUGGCUACUACGCAUAUAUGAUAAUUAUUCACGAAGCCUUGAAGACUUUUGGAUAUCCAGGUCCCCAAGAAGCCAUGGUUAUUUUCUUUCGCGACCAAAUCUGCAAGUCGAUUGAGUACGCCACUACCGGAAUUCUGGGUCCCUAUCGAAUGGGUUUUGCCGUGCGAGUUGCGAUAGAAACGGCAGAUCCUUUGACCAGGGCUUGGCUCGUGAGCCACUUGCAGGAGUUCUCAAAGACCUACGCUGCUGCCAAGCCAGAGAAUUUCACGACAGUCAUAUAG